AUGCAUUCCUCGGAUGAAGCGACAAUUUUGAAGAAGUGCAAAGUCAUUGUUUGGGAUGACGCACCUAUAUCCCAUAAAUGUUCCCUACAAGCACUUGACAUCACAAUGAGAGAUCUUGAAUCGAACAACAACAUCCUUGGAUGGGCAACUCUACUUCUUGCCGGAGAUUUUCGACAAACUCUGUCUAUUAUACCCGCUGAUGAACUUAAUGCCUGCCUUAAAAAAUCCCUCCUUUGGUCGCAUAUCCUAUCAAAACAACUCAUCAUCAACAUGAGAUCAUUCAUACAGACUGGUCAGCCUAUAACCCAGUUUUCAGAAAUGCUCCUUAAAAUCGGCAAUGGAUAA